UCGAUAUUGGUUUUAUACUUUAUCCAUUCAUUUAUCCAACAGGGUUGGAUUAGAACUUGUAGUACGAACGUCCCGCAUAACAUUUUUAUUUGUGGUGUAAAUUUUGUUUUCGUUUCGGACUAUCAAUCGGAUAUUUAACUAUUGAUUUACACAAGCUGAUGGCGUGGCAGGCAGUUAUCGCGCUGCUGUGCCUGGCUGUGUGCCAGGUCAACGGACAAGACCCUGCUCAGAUGUGUACUGGCAUUGGGGGUGAAGUCAAAGACUGUAGUGCUUGCAAUGGAGGGUGCAUCAAGGACCAGAACAUAGACACUCCAUUAGGCUGCUGUGUGGGCAACAACCUUAUCAAUCCGAAUCAGUGUUCAGCCAUGAUGGGAAUAGUCAAGGACUCGUGUAGCGCUUGUUCUAAUCAAUCGUGCGCUACCUUGUCAAGUGACAAAGCUUGUUGUUUUGAAAGGCCAGACACCCCUUCUGUGGAAGAUGUGAAAAAAUGUGCAGCAGCCAAAGGAAUAAUCAAGGAGUGUAAAGACUGUGACACCGGCUGCUUCAGCGGAGAAAAUGGCGGGUCUAUGGGCUGUUGCAUUCCUACUGUUACAGCUGACAUGUGCCAACGAGAUGGUAAACUUGGAACCACAUGUAAUGAUUGUGAGGAUGACCAGGAAUGUGCUCAUCUUCCUGAAAAUCGUGUAUGCUGCUUACCGGAGGCCGAGGAUGCUGACGUAAAGAUGUGUACAGAUAAUGGAGGCAUGAUUAAAGACUGUAGUAAUUGCACUGGAGGGUGUGUCAGGGAUAUGGGCGAAAGUAUGGGCUGCUGUUUUGGUGAACGUCUUACCAGUUCAGGUGAAUGCACAGGGAUGCUUGGAUUAGUUAAGGAAUCAUGUAGCAACUGUGCCGAUCAAUUGUGCUCUACUCUGACAGAUGAACAAAAUAAAGCAUGUUGCUUUGAAAGAGAAUGGGAAGAAGAUAUGCGUAAAUGUGCAAAAGCUGGCGGACAAACAACGGAAUGUGAUACAUGUUCUACUGGUUGUUUCAAAGGAGAUAGCGACGGACCUUUUGGGUGUUGCAUUCCUACAGUUACAGCGACUAUGUGCCAGCAACAUGGUAAACUUGGUUCCUCAUGUGAUGAUUGUGAGGAUGAAGAUGAGUGUGCUCAUCUUCCCGGGAAUAGUAUAUGCUGCUUACCCAAGGCGCAGGAUGGUGAAGGAAUGUGUGACCUCGAGAACUUACUUGCGUUCAUCGCCAAGAACCCUUCAACCUACGCCUGUCUUCAGAACAUGAAUUCACUCUUUGAUGGGACAAUCUCCAAACAGGAUGCAUGCGGUGUGUUUUGGGAUGGUAUGCAGUGUUUUACACAACUCUACCUUCAGGGGUCUAUGGGCACGAUUACUCAAGCUGCUUGUUUCAAAGAUCUCAAAGAUGACAUAAUGGAAGAGAAGGAUGGAUAUCAGAAAAUCAGAAGGGCGCUAAUCAAGGAGUUUAGAAUGGCAAUCAUCGUACCAGGCUUUGUUGCUACCAAAUGCGAAGAGAGCUGGAAUGUUCCUUGCCCCAUGUUAGAGCGGGACGAGGAUUCGGGCUUAUGUCCCCAGGAGUGUGGGAGUGCAUCAUCAUGUGGAGAUGGAAAGGUGUGCUGCCCCUUCUCAUGCGGGGAAGACAGUUCGGGAAAUCUCUGCGCACCAGACAUGACAAAGUGUGCAAACGUAGAUGAUAUCACCACAUAUGCAUUCAGUUGUAUAGAACUAUUUGGAAAACUUAUUGGUGAAAGUGACUUUGAAAGUUUUUGCAAGUACUCCUGGGGAGGGUUUGAAUGCGUUGCCCGUGAAUUAGUGGGCGAUCCAUACAAAGACAUGUGUCUGAGGCGCAUGGCCCACCUGGUAGAAGCCUCACCUGACAUCAUCGUUCAGCAAAUUAAAUUACUUGCGCCAGGUCUUGACAUUGAUCAAGCCCUGGCAAACAGAACCGCAAGCUGUCCGCAGAAUCCAAUGUCUCUAAAGAAGGAAACUCCAGUUGCGGACGACGUGAAGUCAUGCGGGGAUGCUGCACAAAUACGACAAGCUUUUAAUAGGGGAAAAUGUAGAGCCCCAGGAUCAAGCGAGAUCAACGAAGACAAUUGCGAAGCUUUCGAGGAUAUGUUAGAGUGUGUGGCUGAGAGACUGAUAGGAGAUGACGAUGACAACGCAGGUAAAUUGAGAGGAAGGUGUAUGAACACGAUCGUCCAGGUCAUCAAGGACAACUUUUUCCAGUUUAAGGAAAUACUUAGCAGUGGACCUUUCAAUCAUGAGAAAUGUAGAGAAAUGGCAGCCGUUUGCAUGGGCGACACCAAGCCCUCGGAGACCGCCAAUUGUCGUGGAAACAGCAAGUGCCCUAAAGGGUUUAACUGUGUAGCUGGCUACUGUUGUCCACAAGCUAAUGCUGGCGUGUGUCCGACGUACAAGGAUCAGAUUCCGCCAUGUAGGGGGCGCUGUAAGCAGGACUCUGAUUGUGAUGAUGAGGAGAAAUGUUGCAAUGUUGGAUGUAACGGGGGAAUGACCUGUGUUCCUGCCGAGAUUGAAGAUCAAUCUAAGUGUGAGAAGGAGUUUGGCCAGGUGAAGAUGCUCCUUGAAAACAUGGGCGUGUGUGGUGAUGGCGUCAGUGAUCUGCAAAUUCCUAGAUGCCAGGAUAAAAAGUUUCACCCAACUCAAGGGCGUUAUUGUGUAGAUGAGAACGGGGAAAAAAUACCGGGCUCCGAACAUAUGGGCGUUAAGGACUGUACAAGAGUUCAUGCUGGGAUGUGUCAAGCCAUGCCAGCGGUGUGCAAGAACUUGGGCACUCCCAAUAAGACUAACUCCAUCAUAAACUGUGAGAAUGACGGGGAGUGUGCCGAUAAUGAGAAGUGCUGUAUGGAUGGGAGUAGCAACGUGUGUGAAGUAAAAUGCAUGCCUGCGCUUUCUGCUGAGACUAACAGACAAGCUGAUGAAGACUGUGCCAAUCCAGUGUGUUGCCCGGUUACAACAUGUCUUGGGAAGGUUUGUGCAGCAGACGUCACGGCAGUCUGCCAGAUACACGCUUGUGGAGAAUGUACAGCGAAAUUCUACAAUAAAGACGGAGAAGUGGACUGCGAAGCAGGAGUCAAAAAAUGUGUGAAAGAGAGAUUCAGUGCUCUGGAGCACAACUCAAAAAUUGGCAAAACUACACGAGACAAACUGAACACCCUGAUCGAAAGUCUACGCAAAAGAGGCAGUGGUGAGAAUAAGAAAGAUGCUGAUGACAUGGAUGACAUGGAAGACGAAAUGGAUGAUAUGAUGGAUGAUGAUUUUAUGGACGGUGAAGAUAUGACUGAUGUAGCAGAAGAAUAUCGGCAAAAGGUUGCAUACAUUCUGAAGAAAAUGCCCAAAGAUCCGUCGCAUGGGACAAUAUCUUUCGAUAUGAAAAAGCUGUACAACGAGGUUUUCAAGUUUUUGGCAGCUGCAUCGCACCACUGCGCGGUGAUGAAUAAGUACAAUAUUUGUCAGAACUCGGGAACAUGUGCACUUCUAGUUGAAACACGCUCGAAAUUCCAGUUCUGCACAUGUCAAUCAGGAUUUCAUGGACUUCUGUGUGAAAAGUCGGGAGACUUGGUCAGUCCCAUGGAUUCAAAAUGUAACAGAGACAAGGAGUAUGUGAUGUCAAUUAAAGAACAGAUCGAGACUGCGGUGCCAACGAAAUACUCGGUUAUCAUGUCGAAGAUGAUUGCCUUUUAUGGAGUACCUGACCGUAUUUUACCAUCUUAUAACUGUGCAAGUGACGGAUCCUACAAUGAAGUACAGACUGGCAUCUUCCAUACGAAAGACAAGCGUGUGGAGGUUCACUUUUGCGUAAACACAACGACAGGUGAUCGACUUCCAAAUAAACUUGUAAUUCCUACUUCAUUCAACAGGAUCCUGCCAGAUUGUGCAGCACCAGGAAACAUAGACAUUUCGAGACUCCCUCUGAAAUGCAUGUAUCCUAAGCAGAGUGAUUGUACCUCAGGCAACUGUCAGUACUUCCUUAACCCAUCCACCUUCAUGUGCGAGAAAGGGGAGGCAGCCAGCAAUGGGUUUGCGAGCCUCAAUGAAUGCUAUGAAACAUGCGCUUUGAUUUACAUGUGUGCUAACGCAACCAGCUGUAGCUACGUAUCUGCUCCAGUUCCAUGUCAUACUAGUUCUGGAUGGAUGUGUGACUACCACAAAGAGUAUUGCGAUGUUGAAGAUGAUGUAAAUAACAUCCCAGGUGGCGGCGUAUGCAAAUCUCUUCCAGAAUACUGUUUACUGGAGAAGGAUGCUGGCUAUGGGGACAGAAUUGUGGGACGCUACUUCUAUGAUGCAACCUCACGCACCUGCAAGAGAUUUGCAUAUUUUGGAAUGGGAGGAAAUCAGAAUCGAUUUGAAACACUUCAUCAGUGUCACACAGAGUGUGGUCCACGGUCAUACAAAUAUGACGAUGUUACAUGUCCUUCGCCCGAUGCUGUACGAAAAUCAUUGAGUGGCAUGAAAUCAUACAGCACAUGUGACUCAGAUGAUCAGUGUAUGGAAGGAGAAGUGUGUUGUUCAAACGGAAAAUAUCGUGUCUGCACAAACACUGUCAAGUUCUGCCCCUUGGGUGACAGGUGCUCGCAUGAAGGUGCAUGUGAGAUGGGAAAAUGUGUUUGCCCCAUGUGUGAAAAAACAACUGGAAAAGAGGUGUGUGGCUCUGAUGGUAUGACAUACGGAAGUGAAUGUAUGCUGAGACGUCACGCUUGCAUGAUGAUGCAGACUAUAAAAGUUGCCUCCACACAGCCGUGUGCUGCUCCUCAAACCUGUAAUGGAAAGGUAUGCAGGGAUUAUGAAAUUUGUUCCGGCGAUAAAUGUGUAUGUCCCAAAUUGUGUACUGAACAAUACGAGCCUGUCUGUGCGAUGGAUUUGAAGACAGGAGCCCAGAAGAAGUUUUCCAACAAGUGUUUCAUGAAUAUGGAAAUGUGUAUGCGACAAACGGAAUUUAACGUGGGUGAAUGUCCACCAAACAACGAAACAUGCGUAAUGGCUUGUACUAGAGAAUAUAAACCGCUGUGUGCUUAUCAUACAUCAUCCAACACCAUGGAAACCGUCCCAAACAAGUGUGAGUUGCUACGCAUGCGUGUGUGUGAAGGGAAAACGUUGGAGGUCCUAUACAGUGGGGAAUGCGCUGCACAAUGUGGCAACACCCAGUGUUCAGUUUACCAAGACUGUAUAGACGGUAUGUGCAAAUGUUCCAAUAUCUGUCCAUUAAUUAUGGACCCAGUUUGCGCUUUCAAACCAAACAACCCCGACCAGAAAAAGACGUUUGCUAAUGAGUGCGUUAUGAGGCGAGCUGGUUGUAACGAGGCUGCCGCUUAUAUGAUAUAUGAACGAGGCGCAUGUGUGAAGCCAGAACCAAUGCUAAAGUGCCCAGAGAUGGAUAUGGACAUCCCACACAGCUCUGAAUUUGCCUGCAAUAUUGACAAUAACGAACGCUGUGAUGAUGAUACAGAGAUGUGUUGUCCGUAUGGCACGGGAUCACACUGCGUACCCAAAUCAGGACUCGCCAAAAAGGAUGAAGUGAAGGAAGGAUUCUGCCCUAUGAUCACAGUGACAAACUUCGACGAGGGCACAUGCGCUGAUUCCAGUUGUGAUGUUGAUGCUGAUUGUGCCGGCAAUAUGAAGUGUUGUAUGAAUGAUGUGUGCACGCAUAUGACAUGCGUUUUGCCGAGACAGCCACGUGCAAAUGUUUGCGGUAAUGGUAAAAAGCCUGUGGGUCAGUGUGAUCCAUUAUCGACUGAACCUUGUGCUGACGGAGGGAGUUGUAAUUCCACAGUUAUUGAUGGCAUGGAUACUGGUGUAUGCUGUGUUAGUUCAGAAGCCGCUACUCGUAUGAUGGACAUGAUGGCGAUGGACAAAGAUGCCGCACUCCAACAAAAGUUGUGCCAUAUUGUCGAUCUGUUGGGAAUGUGUCCUACCGGCCAAAAAUGCAUCGGAGAUCUCAAGAACGGGCAGCUGUGUGGAUUUUAUGAAACUUGCGCAUCAUCUGUGCCAUGUUUUCUAGCACCUUGUGACGAGCCAAAUGCUAUGUGUCCAAAGGUCCCUGAAGCAACCUGCAUGGACAAUUAUUGUUUCGGAUGCAAUAAGAUAUUUAUGGUUGGUGAUAGAGACGUUACACAUAUGUGUCAAGCCACUUUAUGUGAGCGCCAGAAUCACACAUUCUCUAUGAUCUGGGAGAAAAUCUUCAAUGACAACACCGAAAGAGAGCUUGCUGAAGCAAGACAGACAGUUCUUAAUGAGAUGAUCAAGAACAAGCUACCCAUGGAUGUAGAUUGGGAUGAAAUAUAUGACAACAUCAACGCUGAUGUGUUUUACACCAACAUGAUACAACUGCUGAAGCAUAUGGGAUACAAACAUAUUUGGAAUAAUCAAGAGGGUUAUCCUGCAUGUACUGACAAUGGGCUUUUUGAGAAGAAACAAUGCUUCAUCGACCCAAAAGAAGUUAAGAAAUGCAGAUGUGUGGACGAGAAUACCGGUAUGCAGUAUGGACCUGCUGCAGAUGAUGUUGAUUCACUGGACUGCUCCAUUGCAGUUCCGGAUGAUGUAUGCUUGACAGUUCCCAACCUCGAGGAAUCCUGUGACGACACCUCGGUAACGAGAUAUUACUACAACCACGACAUGUCCCGAUGUGAGGCCUUCGCCGAUAUGGGAUGUAAUUACGAGAUAAGCAACAACUUCGCAGAUAUGGAGUCGUGCACUGCCAGAUGUGAAGGAGGAGGAAGCUCGCAGUGUCAGACCAACUGUGCGGAAGGGACAAAGUGUGUUAUCAUGAAAGACAAGGAAAUAUGCAUGCCAAUGAACCAGGAUGUAAAGAGACGGUUUGAGCCAAUCUGUGAGAGAAGCGGGGAAUACGAGACUAAACAGUGCCACCAUGGCGUGUGCCGAUGUGUGAACCCCUUAACUGGAGAAGCCAUACCGAACUCCCUCGCUUUCAACCAACAACUCCGAUGCAUACGAAAUGGUGACACUGUUACGCCACAGAGAGACGGCCUACUGAAAAUGUGUCCUAAUGGAGGUUCCCCUAAACUCUGUGAAAAUGGCGGACUCCCUUGUAACGAUUGCCAGAUGCCCCAAGCAGGUGAAGGAGAGGAUGAUGAAGAUGACGGCGAGGUUAAACCUGACGGAACUUGUUCCGAGUGUGCUGCUUGCCCAAACGGUCAAGGCAACACAGACUGUCCAGCUACAUGUAACGUGGACUCCGUAUGCAAGGAGCGGCCAUUAGCCACAUGCAGAAUCAACAAGUGCACAUGCGCCGAACAGUUUGUGGAAAACGGGAAGAUCAUCAAUGACUGCAAAAAAGCUCAGUCCUUGUGUGAGAUGAUGAAAACUGAGAUGGCAAUGAAACAGCGUGCAAACAACGGAAAAGCUAACGGACAAGGUGCAGCACCAGCCAGCAAGCAGUAUCGAUGUAGCGAGGGGGGCAGUUUUGAAGCGCUUUGUGAGGGCAAUGCUUGCUUUUGUGUGAAUGCCACUGACGGUUCCAAAAUUGGAGGAGCAAAGAGUGGCGAUAUCGAUAGCAUCGAUUGUGAACAAGAACAGAAAAGAUCAAAGCCAAAAUAUGUUAAAGUUAAGGGAAUUGUGGCGAAAAACAAGAACCUCGCAGAUUUAAGUGCGAAAGCUCAGCAACAGAUUAUUGAUCAAAUACGUAAGAUAAUUGAGGAGAAGGGGGGCAGGGCUACAAUCAAGCUUAUGGAUGGAAGUAUCAUCUACGAGGCAACGAUAGAAGAAGAUGGAAGCGGAACGGACGUCACAUCAGUCUCUUCUUCAUUUGUUGCCCAGAUGAACGGUGGUGUUGAGAUUAUGACUGACGAGGGCGUUAUAGAGAUUCCAACUGGAACCUCAUCCAUUGCUGAGUUUAUAAUUGCGGAGCCAACCACGGAGAAACCGCCGCCAAAUAAAGACGAAAAAGACGAUAAAACCGUCAUUAUCAUUGUGGUGGUGGUCGUGGUAGUAGUGGCCUUAAUCGCUGUUUGCGUUGCUGUCUAUUGCUACAAAAAGUCGAAGAAGACGGACGAUAAGGACAUGCAAUUUUCGAAUAUCCAUGGAAAACCCAACCCAGCCUAUGAAAAUCAAGGAUAUGAUAAAGCAGCCUUUUGAAGCGUGGACGUUUGGAAAAAAUAGUACAUUAUGCUCCAAAGUAGAGAGGUGUUAAACAUUCCAAACAUUAUGCAUUCAUGUAUCUACAUAUCGAACUUGGACAUCCAUGGAUUAUUCCCUCUUUCAAAGAGGUUUUUUUUUCAGGUUUUCUUUUAAACCAAAAGUAUGCACCUUUACUUCAAAUUAAUUCCAUAAUAAUAACAAGGGAUUCAAUAUUGUCAAAAAUUGAUCGAGAUCCUCAAUCGAUUGCGUAAUCAUGGAAUCGAUUAUUGCUAUAUUCCAUUAUAAUAACUAGAGAUUCAAUGUUGUCAAAAAUCGAUUGUUUAUGAGUGAGAUCCUAAAUCGAUUGCGUAAUCAUGGAAUCGAUUAUUGCUAUAUUCCAUAAUAAUAACUAGAGAUUCAAGGUUGUCAAAAAUCAAUUGUUUAUGAGUGAGAUCCUAAAUCGAUUGCGUAAUCAUGGAAUCGAUUAUUGCUAUAUUCCAUUAUAAUAACUAGAGAUUCAAUGUUGUCAAAAAUCGAUUGUUUAUGAGUGAGAUCCUAAAUCGAUUGCGUAAUCAUGGAGUCGAUUAUUGCUAUAUGGAUGUAUUCUCUAAAAAAAGAAUUUUGUAUUCAGCUUAGAAAGGUUUAUCAUCAAAUAAUUACUCCUAUUAAAUAACAAAUAUAAAUCAUCCAUUUGAUUAAAUGCAGCUUGUUAUUCUUUUAUACCCUUAAAGUUUUCGAUUUCAUAAUCAAAAUUUUAAUAUCAUGGCUGGACCGAUUAUUUAUAUAUGAUCAUUUAUUACAGUACUUUAGAACUUUCAAGAAUGCGUUGACUCAGAGGUUAUAAUUCAUUGAAUUAUUUACUAAUAGAUUCUAACUUCUAACUCAUUUAAAAACAAUUGAGAAAGUGUUAUGUUUUUAUACAAAUUGUUUCUACAUCAUGUGCAAUGAAAUAUUUGUUUACAUUUUUACUGUAUACAUAGUUUACCAGCAAAAACUUACACUUACAAAACAAUUGAAAUAUUUUCUUUUAUAUUAUGUGAAUAUACUUGUAUGAAAAUAUAAUGUGGAUUUUCGAAGGGAUGUAUGUGUUGAUUUUCAUACAAACGCAUUAUGUAUAUUUUUAGAGGAAUGUGCUACCUUAUGUUCAGACCAGGAAUUUGUGUUAUCAGACUUUAUUUCAGAAACUAUGCACACUUUGAUCCAUUUUGUGUGAUUAUCUUACAUUAGAAAGGAAAACAUUCACUGUUACAUAUCACUUUACAUUAAUGAUUAACUAAUUUCUGUUUUUGUGACUGUAAUAGUAAAUAUAAAAAAUACUCAUUUAUCACACUGUUUCAAUUGUUUGAAGGAAAUGCGUUUUUUAAAGUGACACUCUUAUUCAAAAAUCAAUACAUACCCAUGUUUAACAAACAUAGAUUUUGAGUGAUAAGCCUUUUUAACAACUUACUAAAUAAUGCAUUUGUGGAAAAUAUUUGUUACACUGAUAACACGAUUGUAACCGUGUAUUUAAUAGCUGAACACUUAAAAAAAUUAAAUGUGGGGAGUGCUAAAAGAUUUACUAUGAUCUGCUAUUGUCCCAUGAUAUAGAAAUACCAUGUUUUCUGCACCUUUCUUUCAAAAUAAACUCAUUAUACUUCAUAAGAACCAUUUAAAAAAUAUUUAUUCAUCCUUUUUUGGUAUAUUAAAACAAUUGUAAUAAUUGUUGUAAAUCUUAUUUGGGAGUAAGAGUGCAUCUUUCAAAAGAAAUUAUUUUACACAGGUCUAUGUUUCUAUUGUUUUGUCAAAUUUGAAAUCCAUUCUUAUAUUUUUGAAUUCAUGCAAUCAGUGAUUGAAUUAUUUUUUUAUUUACAAAACUUUAUCAGGUAUGCAAAUGAAUUAUAAUUAUGUGCUUCCAAAAGUUAAAUGUAUCAAAAAUUAUGUGACUGUAAAGUUAGUGAUGAAUACAGUAUUUUAAAUGUUUAUGUAAAACCAAUGUUUAAAUCUAGCUAUUUCUGUCGCUAUUAAGUUCCUGUAAAGUAAAAGUGUUAAGGUUUUACAAAACUAAAAAAGAAAAAAAGAAAAUUAAAGAUUGGACUGCAUUAAUUAAAUGUGUCUUUGUAAAAUAGCCUUAUACAAUUAUACAAUUUUGCAUAACAGUAUACAAUUUCAAUGAAUAAACAACAAUGUAUUACUCGAUAAUUUCCAGCUUUACUUUACAUGGUGUAGUUUAUAAUAUAUUUUCUGGGUAGAAUCAAGUACAGAGGAGGUAUUUAACACCUUAAGUCAUUUGCUAACUUAAGUCAUUUUCCUUAUAUAGUUAAGUAACUAUGACUAUGAAAAAAUAAGAAAUAGGCUUAAGUUAAGAAAUGAUAUAAGAUGUUUAAUGAAUACCACUCCAGGCCCCUAUAUCUCGAAAAUACUUAAAUCAAAUCUCAAUCUCAGUCUUAACCCAUUUUACAACAUAGACUCUGAAAUUUUAUUAAAAAUAUAUAUUUUUUCAAACCUUUUAAAAGUGCAUUCUAUAAUAUAAUAUGUUGAUUAAAACCAUUGAUAAUGAUUCCAAGAGAAAAAUAUUCUUUAGCCAAAAAUGUGUUUUAGUACAAUUCGUUGUUUUUUAACAAUAACUCAAGUAUUAUUUAUGCCCUAAAAUUAAUUUCUUUGCAAUAUCGACAAAAUCUUUUUAUCAGCACAUAUUCUAUGAGAAAAUACUUUUUAAGUAUAAAAACAUGCAAUAUUCUAAAUUAUACAAUGUUUUAUGAGGGAAGAUGAGUUCGAGGGUUAAAUGCGAAAAGGUCCUAAGUGACAUUAAAUAAAGAAUUAGAUAGAACCUUUUUGCUUUCACCCCUCGAGUUGAGACUGAAAUUUGACUCAGUAUUUUUUGUGAUAUUGGGGCCUGGUGUACAUGUAUUGUUAUGUUCUGUUCUGUAAUCAUUGGGUAAAAUGUAGAUGUUAUUAAGAUAGUUAGCUGAGUUAAGUGUAUCAUAGUUAUUAUGUUUAAUCUUGUUAUAUUAUACACAUCCGCAUCUCCACAUUUGUUUAAUGACCUUUUCUUUACAUAAUAUUUACAAUAAAAUUCUUAAAACAAAAA